CUUAUUUAUCAAAAUUUUAAUAUUAAUUUAGGAGAUCAAGUUUACCAUAUAUAAAUACACAUUCUCACAUUUUUAGGGUUAGGGCUCAGCAUACACACAGAGUAACUCCUUCUCCUUCUCUUUCUCUUGCUCUCUCUCAAAGUUUUUGAAGAAAAAGAAGGUAUAAAAAAACAAGAAUGAGGAAGAGACAAGUGGUUCUGAGAAGAUCAGAGGAACCACAAAGAAGUGUUGUGAAAUAUGGAGAGUGUCAGAAGAAUCAUGCAGCAAAUGUUGGAGGCUAUGCUGUUGAUGGUUGCAGAGAGUUCAUGGCAAAUGGUGAAGAAGGAACAGAUGGAGCUCUCACUUGUGCUGCUUGUGGUUGUCACAGAAACUUUCACAAAAGAGAGUUAGUUGAAACUGAAUCUGUUUCUGAAUGUUCAAAUGGUACUUGAAACUGUUUUAUUAUACCUCAAAAAAAAAAACAGUUUGUUAUAUAUGUUAUUCUUGUAAUAUAUUUUCUCUACUUGGUUUUGCUUGUGUUA